CUCCCUCCAUCUCUGAUGGCUCUAUGGGGCAUCCUCAGCCUCAGCCUCAGCCACUGCUGCUGGGUAUGCAUAUGGUCAGCAGAAGCAGCAGCCACGGCCAGCCGGCCCAAUGACAAGCCCGGGGGGCCCCUGGACUGGCUCCUGUCCGACAAGGGGCCGUUUCAUCACUCUCCAGAGUACAUCGACUUUGUGGAGAAGAACCGGCAGGGAUUCUCCACCAGAUACAAGAUAUAUAGGGAGUUCGGGAGAUGGAAGGUGAACAACUUGGCGGUGGAGAGGAGAGACUUCCUGGAGUCCCCGCUGCCUCUGACUCCCGAGUUCAUCCGGAACAUACGACUCCUGGGCCGCAGGCCCACCAUCCAAAUAAUCACUGACAAUCUCAUCAGGAAAUAUGGCACCCACUUCCUGUUGUCAGCUACACUGGGAGGGGAAGAGGCCUUAACAAUAUUUGUGGACAAGAGAAAGCUGAGCAAGAAAGCGGAGGUGAGCGAUUACUCGGGCAACUCCUCCACCGUGACCCUGGAGGCUCUGCACCAGCUGGCUGCCUCCUACUUCAUUGAUAGAGAGAGCACCCUGCGCAAGCUGCACCACAUCCAGAUUGCCUCCACUGCCAUCAAGGUGACAGAGACCCGAACGGGCCCUCUUGGAUGCAGUAACUAUGACAACCUUGACUCUGUUAGCUCUGUGCUGGUUCAGAGCCCUGAAAAUAAAGUCCAGCUGCAAGGUUUGCAGGUCAUCCUUCCGGACUACCUGAGAGAGAGUUUCGUGCAGGCUGCUCUCAGUUACAUAGCCUGUAAUGGAGAGGGGCAGUUCGUCUGCAGGAGAAACGACUGCUGGUGCAAGUGUGACGUCAAGUUCCCGGAGUGCAACUGCCCCUAUAUGGACAUACACGCCAUGGAGGAGAGCUUGCAGAGGAUCUCCGAGACAUGGGGCAUGCUCUACAAGGAGUUCGAGGAGUCGGAUGAGUUCAAGACCUUCUUCGCCAGGCUGCCCCAGACCUUCUUCGUGAACGUGUCCACCAUUCAGCACCUGUGGUCGCUGGACAGCCUGUUCCAGUGGCGCUACGAGCAGCUGGAGGGCAGCAUGCGCGCGCUCUUCAGGAGGGCCCAGCGGGUCGUCUUCAAGCUCUUCAGCCUCAGCAAGCGGUGCCAGAGACAGCCCCACAUCCGCCUGCCGAGGGAACGGCCGCAGACCUACUGGUUGAACCAUUUCCAGUCUCUGUUGUAUUGCUCUGAGAACAACCAACUGGGCACCUUCUCUGAGGAGCUCCACAGUUGCACCUGCCGGUAUGAGAACAGCCCCUGUCAGCUGCCCCCGCCCUGCUCCAUCGGGGAGGGCCCGGCCUGUGCCACGUGUGCCCUGGACAACCAAACUCGCUGUGGGAGCUGCAACCCGGGCUUCGCCUUGAUGCAGGGGGCCUGUAGGCCCAUGGUCGCGGACUCAACGGAGAACUACCUGGGGUUUGAGACAGACCUCCAGGAUCUGGAGCUACGCUACCUACUGCAGAGAGCUGACCGCAGGCUAGAGGUCCACGCCAUCUUCAUCAGCAACGACAUGCGCCUAAACAGCUGGUUCGACCCGUCAUGGAGGAAGAGGAUGCUGCUGACACUGAAGAGCAACAAGUACAAGUCCAAUCUGGUCCACAUGCUGCUGGGUGUGUCCCUACAGAUUUGCCUUACCAAGAACAGCACCCUGGAACCUGUACUUACCCUCUAUAUCAACCCGUUUGGAGGGAGCCAUUCAGAGAGCUGGUACAUCCCUGUCAAUGAGAACAACUUCCCAGACUGGCAGGCUACCAAGCUGGACCUCCCCCUGGAGUGCUACAACUGGACUUUGAUGCUGGGUAACAAGUGGAAGACAUUUUUUGAGACCAUCCACAUCUAUCUCCGAAGCAGGAUAAAGACUCAAAGCGCAGUGAAUGACAGUAUUUACUACGAACCAUUAGAGAUGGCGGACCCAUCCCGGAACCUGGGCUACAUGAAGAUCAACAGCAUCCAGGUGUUUGGCUACAGUAUGCACUUUGACCCAGAAGCGAUCCGUGACCUGAUUCUGCAGUUGGACUACCCCUACACCCAGGGCUCCCAAGACACGGCCAUGCUCCAGCUUUUGGAAAUACGGGAUCGGGUGAAUCGGCUCUCUCCCCCGGGUCAACAAAGACUGGAUCUGUUCGCCUGUCUUCUCCGGCACCGUCUUAAACUCACGGCCAGCGAGGUGAUGCGCAUUCACACAUCCCUACAGGCCUUCAGCUCACGCCUGCCAAACUCCCUGGAUUACGAAACCACCAAGUUGUGCAGUUAG